AUGGUGAAUGCAGCAAGUGGUGGAGGGCUAGUGAAUAAGACUCCAGGAGAUGCAACUAGGCUGAUUGCAGAGCUAGCAGAGAAUUCUAGGCAGUUCAGUCAGAGAACUCCCACGCGCCGGGUGAAUGCAGCAAAUUCAAAUACAACUGAGUUAGAGAGUCAAGGGAACCAACAACAACAGCAAAAUGCUCAAGGCCAGCAGCAAUAUCAGCAAUAUAGGGCACCAUUGGCCAAACCUCAAGGCCAAAGCUCAAAUUCGAAUGAUAUGUCAACUGAUGAAAUGAUUAGAUCACUAACUUCUAAUAAUUUGGAAAGUCAAGUGAGUCAAAUUUCAAGUGCAGUGAGCAGACUUGAAGCUAAGGAUUCGGGAAAACUUCCAUCUCAAACGGAGUUGAAUCCUAAGCAACAAGCCAACGCUAUUACAUUGAGAACUGGCAAGGAGCUGAAAGAGACUGAAAUUGCAACUAAGAGGGCUGAAGAGUUGAUUGGAGCUGAGGAGAAGGAAGUGGAACAUGAAGCUGUAGCAAAUCCUCCCACUUUUCCAUCUUAUGAACCCACACCACCUUUUCCCGAAGCUUUGAAAGAAACAAAGAGUGUUCCUCGAUUUGCUAAAUUUUUGAAAGAACUGUGUACUAUAAAGAGGAAGCACAGGUUAGGAGGGAUGGAAAAAGUGAAAGUGAGUGCUCAUGUUUCUGCAGUUUUCCAAAAGAAACUUCCUGAAAAAUGCAGUGACCCUGGUAUGUUUACUGUUCCAGUUACAAUAGGGGACACCACUUUUCAUAGAGCUAUGUUGGAUUUGGGUGCAUCAAUUAAUGUUAUUCCAUAUUCCCUGUUUAAAUCUUUAAAACUUGGACCUUUACAUGGAACUGGGGUAGUGAUUCAGUUAGCGGAUAGGUCUAAUGUGUAUCCUAAGGGGGUGGUGGAAGAUGUGUUGGUUAAGGUUGAUGGUUUGAUUUUUCCUGCUGACUUUUAUGUGCUUGACAUGGAACAUGACAAACAAGCAGUCCCCAUCUUGUUAGGAAGACCUUUCUUGAAGACUGCUAAAACAAAAAUCGAUGUGUCUACCGGUUCCUUGACUAUGGAGGUUGAUGGGAAAGCAAUUGGGUAUAACAUUUAUGAUUCCAUAAAGUAUCCUGUCAACACUCAUUCUUUAUGUUCUCUUAAUGUUGUCGAUCCAAUGGUGCAUGAUGUUCCUAACAAUCAUCGUGGGGAUGAGUUCCUCACACCUAUAACUAAUGUUGUAUCUGGUGAUUUCUUGGAUUUCUCUAUGCCUACUAAUGUGCAGGUGAAGGUGGGGGAAUUGAAUGAACAUUCCAAGCUUCCACCUAUACCACCAGGUUCAACAAUCGGCCCGUCUGCAAUUCCGGGCAAGAAAUUGUCUCAUUUAUACCACAAAGCAAAGAAUAGGUUGUGGCAUGACAAGAUGAUUUCUAGGAAGAAGGUUAAAGUCGGUGAAAAAGUGGAGGCCUUGGGAGCAAUUUUUAUGCGCGAAACGCAGCAAAAACAGAGCAAAACAGAGACAAGGGGGGCCUUCCCUGCAGAAGCCGCUGGCAGCUGCUCUGCAGCCGCUACCAGCGGGUCUUCUUGCAGCCCAAACCCCUUUGUUUCUGUCCCAGCCGCUGGUAGCUGCUCCUGA